UCACUUCACAUCUCUCCUUUUUAGGCCAAACACGGCCCCCACCAGUCCCUGGGCUCCCCUCCUAAAAAUAGAAGCAGCAGCAUGCAAUUCCCCCACACCCUCAAACAACAGAUGAUGAAGCUGGUGCUCUCCCUGCAGAUCCCCCAAUCACCGGAUGAGUGAGCCAGCACCGGCAGCUGCAACUGUGAGUCUGUGACCAGCAUCACCACCCACUGCGCAAGAGUAAGAAGCAACAGAUGAGAUCAACCAGCAGCUAUACUCUCGACUGCUAAAGAAUCCAGGCUCCAACUCCCACAAUUGCGAGAACCAAAGCUAAGCUAGCUGCUAUAACUCCACCCAAGCUAAGCUGAUCCAUGGACAUGCCGCCGAACCCCGACAGCCCCUCGUCAGGAGGGAGCAACAGCAUCGGCCGGCCGAGUGGCGGCGGCGCAUCGCCGUCCGUCGGUUCUACGAUGCCGCAGUCGUCGCCGAGCCGGUACGAGGCGCAGAAGCGGCGCGACUGGAACACGUUCGGCCAGUACCUGCGGAACCACCGGCCGCCACUGAGCCUGGCGCAGUGCAGCGGGGCUCACGUCCUCGAGUUCCUCCGCUACCUGGACCAGUUCGGCAAGACCAAGGUGCACGGCCCGGCGUGCCCCUUCUUCGGCCACCCGAACCCGCCGGCGCCGUGCCCCUGCCCGCUCCGCCAGGCCUGGGGCAGCCUCGACGCCCUCGUGGGCCGCCUCCGCGCCGCCUACGAGGAGAACGGAGGCCGCCCAGAGUCCAAUCCCUUCGCCGCGCGCGCCGUACGCCUCUACCUCUGCGAGGUCCGCGAGCACCAGGCCCGCGCCCGCGGCGUCAGCUACGAGAAGAAGAAGCGCAGGAAGCCGCAGCAGCUGCCGGGCCCGGGCGACAGCAGCGGCCUUCACGGCCACGCGCACCAGCCGCCGCCUCCACCGCCCGCGGGCGCCGCCUGCUGAGCUAGCUGAUCGAUCCACCGCUCUUUCGUGCGCUCUCCCAUUCGGCCGGUAUGAUGCCAGCCAGAUUGAGCUUGAGCAUGCUCAUAUAUUUUAUGUAUCAUUCCGUGCGCGUAUGCAUGCAUGUGCAUGGCGCAGUGUAGCCAUGCAGCUCCAUGCUGCUGAUCCGUCUACUCUACCUACCUGCUGCUGAGUGUACCGCAUUGCUUGUCUUUAUCUGUGUUUCGAUUCGAUUUAGCAUUGGUGUUGUCGAAUCUAUUUGCUUGUAGGAGUGAGCAAGUGUUUGCUGUACUGUCAACUGAGUAUAUAUGUCCCUUUGAGAUCUACUAGCUAGGGACUGGGAGAUACAUAUAUGGUGAUCUCUCUUGCUGUUUCUGUUCGUGGAAAAUUUAAAAGCCUGCGUAGUGUGUGUCCAUCUCUA